GCCAGCUGCCGCACGUCAUGAUUCUACCCCAGAGCAACUUGACAGAGGGUGAAGAGGAUUUGCCUGAGGACACUCUCUCGUUGCUGUCUGUACUAUUCGUCGGCUUUCUCCUCUUUGUUCUCAUAUUCUUCUCAGUAGCUGGUAACGUAUUGGUUUGCGUGGCGAUAUACACGGAUCGUGGAUUGAGAAGAAUUGGAAAUUUAUUUCUCGCAUCGCUGGCCAUUGCUGAUUUAUUCGUUGGCUGUCUGGUUAUGACAUUUGCCGGUGUCAACGAUCUACUCGGCUACUGGAUGUUUGGUCCACGUUUCUGUGACACAUGGAUUGCAUUUGAUGUCAUGUGCAGCACUGCCUCAAUCCUCAAUCUGUGCGCAAUAUCACUGGAUCGUUACAUACACAUCAAAGAUCCACUCAGAUACGGUCGGUGGGUUACGAGGAGAGUUGCUGUUGCUAGUAUUGCUACAGUUUGGCUUCUCGCCGGGACUGUGUCAUUCGUUCCAAUCAGCCUGGGACUGCACAGAAGUGAGGAGUCGAAAAAUCCACCACCAACGUACAACGAUGGUACACAGGAAUAUCCAACCUGUGCUCUGGAUCUAUCGCCAACGUACGCCGUUGUAUCAUCAUGCAUAUCAUUCUACGUACCCUGUAUCGUCAUGAUAAGUAUCUACUGCAGACUGUACUGCUACGCUCAAAAACACGUUAAGAGUAUAAGAGCAGUGACAAAACUCCCGCAGCCAUCAUCAAUUGGAAAGAGUUUUCGUGCCAAGAGUACGCGUAAAUUACAACAGGCUAAAGCUAAACCACCGGCUAAGGCUAAGCCAACGAGUCCAUAUCACGUGUCUGAUCACAAAGCAGCUAUAACUGUUGGUGUUAUAAUGGGUGUAUUUCUCAUAUGCUGGGUGCCAUUCUUCUGCGUCAACAUUGUCGCUGCAUUCUGCAAAACUUGCAUACCAGAUCGAGCAUUUCAGGUGCUCACCUGGCUUGGCUACAGUAACUCGGCCUUUAAUCCAAUAAUCUACAGUAUUUUCAACACUGAAUUUCGUCAGGCAUUCAAGCGAAUCUUGACAAAGGGUACAAGAGCCAGAGGUAAUCAACCAUCCACCAGUGAAUGCGGUGAAUUUCGUUCUGUUAUCGUGCAAAAACGUAACGGUUCAAUAGUAGAGUGCAACAUCAGUCCAAGGUCGAGUGCUGACAGUUGUCAAGUUGGUCUUGGACGACAGCAUCGUGACACUAUUGUAAGUUCAAUAUGAAUUAGCACGGUAGGCUCAUUAAAAAUGGGAAAUAUACGACACGUACGAGAAAAUUUCCUAGAAAAAUCUAGUACAUUUGCUAAACGAUUCUAUUUGACUUUCGCGGAAGUAAAUGUUCAAUGGAAAAUAUUUUAUAGGAAGAAACAAUCUAGCUUGAUCUUUCUAUACGAAUUAGUCAGUUCAAAAGUUAAAUUUUUUAUUUGGAGAUUUUAAUUUAAAAAACAUCGGCGGCAAUGUCCCGAUCACUAUUGUUUUUUACAUAAAAUAUUUUAUCUGCAAUUGAAAAAAAGAGUUCUAAUGAAUUUUCGCUAAUUAAUAUAUUAUUUGAAAGACAAUGGAUUAAUGCAUUUUUCAACAAACUUCGCACUAAAACAAUUCUCUGAACACCUUCGGAAUUUUUUAAUGGGAUCUAAAAGAAUGUUCAGUAUAAAUCCAAUAGAAUUCUCCAGCGAAUGCGAAUCUUCUAGAUUUUUCCAUGACAUUUUAUCGCAUGUGGAUAGGUGUAAAGAGAGAGAGAAAGAGAGUGACAACAGUGGAGGAGUUUAUCAUAAUUGGCCAGUUUGGACCAUUUCAACGACAAUCAUCAUAAUGAAAGAAGAUUAAAUACCAAAGUUAAAUGAAUGAGGCAUAUCCAGAAUAACGGACUGUGUGAUAGAUAUAACAAUUACUUGGAUGGCACAUUAUCUCAUGAACUUUCCAAAGAAAAUUCAUCAAAUUGAAGAUUAUACUUGCACGAAUAAUGUAAACCAUCAAUCUAGUUAAUUAAAAUGAAUGAAGAACGUUAAUGGAAUUAAUAAUCAUCCAGAUUAUUUACUCGACGCACACGGGUUUCACUCGAUAUAUCAUUUUUAUCAUCCUGUAAAUGAUCAUUUAUUUAUUUUUCUAUUAAAAUUAUCGACGAGAAAAUGUUGAAAAAAAAAAAUUCACUAACAAUGAUCCACAUGGUGAUCGAUCUAUAUAGAAUAGAGGUGAAAUGGUUGACACAUUUCGCGAGAAACCAGCAUGAUAAUUAAAUAAAACAAAACCAAAUAUACAUAUUAGCAUCGUUACGAUAAUCGAUAUUAAAUGAAUCGUGUAAUUAUUAUAAAAACUCAGAACUCCAUUAAUCUCGUUUUAUUUAUGAUGUAAAUAUUCAUUAUGUACUCUAGUCAAAUAAGUCAAUAAUGUAUAAAUAUUGAAGAAGAA